AUGGCCCUGGUUGAAGCGGCUCCCUUCGGUGGCAGAUGCGACAAGUAUUGCGAAAGCUUCGGCCAUGUUUGUUACCAAGCGGCCGAAGAGGUCAAUGAAAACUGUGCCGUCAAGUUCACUUCCAGAUGCGAUGAGGCCAUCACUGGUACCAGCGAUAUGCUUUGCACUUGCCGCCAUCCACAGUCCAUGGACGAACCCAAGUGCGAUUGGCCGGGGCCAGAGCCGCUCCCUCCCACGCCGAGCCCCGAUGCGUGCUGCCGAAAUCCGAGCCGAUGGCCUGACGUGGACAAUGGCGUCACAUGUGACGAUUGCAUGGCCCUCGUGGUGACCGCCCCGUACGGUAAUCGUUGCGACAAGUACUGUGAAAGUUUCGACCACGUGUGUGUGGCCGCGGCGGAGGAGCAGAACGAGAACUGUGAGAUACAGUACACUAAGCGCUGCGAUGAGCCCAUCGAAGGCACCUCGGACAUGUUGUGCAAAUGUGUGAAGAAGAACGCCCCGCCGUUUUGCCCGGCUCCUCCGGCACCGCCUGCACCAACGCCCGAGCCCACGCCCUCUCCUAAUGCGAGAAUUCAGGUGGUUGGAAAGCAGUUGCUCGUCGACGGCAAGCCGCUGCACCUCAAGGGCGUAGCCUGGAAUCCCGUUCCCAAGGGAGGCCGGCACCCUCAGGACCUGGACUUUGCUCGCUUCGUGGAGGAGGAUGCUCAAAUUAUGCAGAGCAUGGGUAUCAAUGCUGUCCGCACAUACGAGCCCAUCACCGAGAAAUGGAUCCUGGACACGCUUUGGCGUCGAGGCAUUUGGGUUGUGAACAGCGUCUACAACUGGGGCGGUGCCUCGGCGAGAGAUGCAGCAAAUCCCGUGAAGGCCGUCAAGGAUCACCCUGCUAUCCUGAUGUGGUCCAUCGGAAAUGAAUGGAACUACAACGGUCUCUACGUGGGAAGCAGCUUCUUCGACUGCAUUGCCAAAAUCCGGGAUGUGGUCAAGGUGGUGAGGGAGUUCGACACGAGCCACCCCAUUUCCUCGAUCUAUGGAGACACCGGGAAGCUGGAUCAGGCAGCUCAGGCGCUUCCAGAGAUUGAUGUCUGGGGCAUCAAUUCAUACCGAGGCAUCAGUUUCGGCGGCCUCUUCGAUGAGUUUGCCAGAAUUACCGACAAGCCCAUGUAUUUGGGUGAGUAUGGUGCCGAUGCCUACAACGCCAAGAUCAACAGUGAGGACCGCGAGUCCCAGGCAAAGGCGACAAAAGAGCUGACGGCUUCUUGGCGCAGGAUCGUCGUACCGGGCUUCAAACUUGGUGUCCUGGAUUUGCGUGAAGAUGUCUUGGCAUACCGCCGAGCACAUGGGGCGUGUGGCAUCGCAGGGCAUGGCGACUUUUGGAGGGAGAGUUGUUGCUUUCGGUAUAGUCGGCGGUCAGCCCCUUUGCUUAGAGUUGUGGUCGCUGUUUGUGCGUGCUUGUGUGUGGUUGUUGUGGAGCCGGGGGUAGGGGUGUUGCCGUUGUUGGUGAGAAAUGCUGCGCCUCGUGUCGGGCUUUGGCUCAGCCCACAAAGCCGACGGCCAGCAAGUAUGAAGCUACGUUACAUGCACAGACAUCGUGUCUAG